CUACGCCACUGCCGAACGUUGUGGGGGGGAUGGAGCGAUGGACGGCGCUGGGCGAUCUCUUGCGCCGCAGUAGCGGCUCUACUAACGCGCAUAGUAAUUACCGGUGACACACGCCGUCGGCAGUGUCACCGACACCGCGACCACCUACUGAAGUCCCACUUCGCAACGCGCUCACGCGUGCGGUGACGCGAUGCGCUCGGCGCGCCCGCCCGCGACUCAUCUAUUCGGUUCGCCACGCGACCUUGAUCGCAAAACAACGCCCCGACCGGACGUCGUUGUCGUCUUGGGUUUGCUAAACAAGACGCAACGGUGCGCGUCGUACUAUGUAUUGUGCGCAGUACGCGUCUCUCAUCGAGGUGGCUACGCAACGCGCAGCCAACGUCGACCGUGGUACCGCGCGAACGUGAAAAGAAACGCAGCGGCAACUACGACUGCCCGUAGCAGACGUGCUACGUCCAACUGUGGCGUCGUCUACAGCUAUCUAUGGAAGCUUGUUUUUUUGCGGGUCUCCCCACACACACACCUACGGCGGACCAUUGCGAUAGCAGGUGACUGUGCUCGGGCCGAUAUACCCGCGGAAAAGCGAACGUGCUGGGAAAGAUCGCCGUGCCGCGCGCAUAUCAGUUCGAGUGCCUUCGUGACGUUGAAACGACGGUAGAACGAGUCCGCGAAACCUCGAAAGCGCGUGCCCUGCGAACGCCCCAGCAAUUUCUUCACGCGCCAGUUUCGGUUUCGUCAGCGCGACACAAGGUGUUCUUCUACUUUUUCAAGAGUCACGCUUCUACUUCUUCAAGUGUCACGCAUAUGUGUCACGCGUCUUAAGAAACUGACGUCCCCGAUGUGCAAGUGAAAAAAAAAAAAGGAAAGUAUACACGCGAACGCCCGGCCGGGAAGCGGAGCCUAUGGUUCGUUCGAAGCGCAUGUACCGCCUGCAGGAACGUCGAGCAGGCCAGCAGCCGGGUGGUGGGGCCGGCGCGCAGUCACCCACCAGCCCCACGCUGCCGCCGCAGCAGCCUCCGCUGCAGUCCGUCUCCCCACCUCCGUACUCGGUGUCUCCUCCACCUGCCUACCUGCAGUGCCCUAGCCCUCCGCCGGGACCAUUACGGUCUCCGGGCGGCUCUAGCAAUGGGUCCGCAUCGUCGUCGUCCGCAUGCGGAGCAAUUGGAGGCAGCGGAGACUCGUUGAGCGCACCACUCCGGCUCGGACCCGGACAGACCCGGGACCCCAACUGGCAGGCGUCGCGGGCGAGCGUGCGGGAGCGUAACGCGGCCAUGUUUCGCAAUGAACUCAUGAGCGACGUGCGGUUUGUGGUCGGGCCCAAGGGACCACUACAGCAGGUGGUGCCUGCGCACCGAUACGUCCUCGCUACAGGAAGCUCGGUGUUCCAUGCCAUGUUCUAUGGCGGACUGGCUGCGCCACCUGGCCAGGACAUUGAAAUACCCGAUGUGGAGCCAGCUGCCUUCCUCGUCCUCCUCAGGUACCUCUACUGCGAUGAUAUCACGCUAGAGGCAGACACCGUGCUGGCCACACUGUACGCAGCCAAGAAAUAUCUGGUUCCCCAUCUGGCCCGGGCAUGUGUUGCCUACUUGGAGACCAGUCUCACCGCUCGGAACGCCUGUGUCCUUCUCAGCCAGAGCCGCCUCUUCGAAGAACCCGUGCUGGCCCAACGGUGUUGGGAGAUCAUCGACGCUCAAGCAGCUCUCGCCCUCUCCUCCGACGGUUUUCCCGAUGUCGACAGGCCCACGCUAGAAGCCGUGUUGUCCCGCGAAUCACUGAACACCCGCGAGGCAGUCAUUUUCGACGCAGCCCUCGCCUGGGCUGGUGCCGAAUGCAGUCGCCGUGGCAUCGAACUCACCCCCGAGAACCGGCGCGAGUGUCUCGGAGAUGCCCUGUACCUUGUCCGGUUCCCUUCCAUGUCCCUUCAAGAGUUCGCAGACGGUGCGGCUCAGUCCGGCAUCCUAACUCUCCGUGAAACUGCGGACAUGUUCUUGCAUUUUGCGGCGAGCCGCAAGCCUGCUGUGCCGUUCCCAAUCCAGGCACGCCUGGGCUUGCCGACGCGCGUCUGCCGCCGGUUCCAGUCCUGCGCUUACCGCAGCAACCAGUGGCGCUACCGGGGCCGGUGCGAUAGCGUGCAGUUCUGCGCAGACCAGCGCAUCUUCCUGGCUGGGUUCGGCCUCUAUGGCUCGAGCAGCGGUGCGUGCGAGUACCGCUCACGGAUCGAGCUCAAGCGGGGCGGAAAGGCGCUGGCACAAUGCGACACCCGCUUCCACUCGGACGGGUCUAGCAGCACCUUCCGAGUCUACUUCGACCACCCCGUCCAGAUUGAGGCCGACACCUACUACACUGCCUCGGCGGUGCUGGAGGGCUCGGAGCUCAGCUACUUCGGCCAGGAAGGCAUGAGCGAAGUGUCGGUGGGCAGCGUCACCUUCCAGUUCCAGAGCUCCUCGGACUCUACCAACGGCACAGGAGUACAGGGCGGGCAGAUCCCCGAGCUCAUUUUUUACGGGGCAGCCAAUCCACCGGAAUCUGCCUCGUAGCCGUGGUGGUGGUGUUCGUGGUGCACAAGGUCGAUAAGUGAUUCUGCACCUGUCCGCUUCCUCCGAGUGUGACCAAGUGACCAACGUUUUCGUGUUACACCAGACUUCCCGCCUUCAUGUUGUAUCCCCAGCCGAGUGGGUGCUGUUCUCUGAAGGUGUACAGCUGAGGAGGAAUGCAAUUGCCCGCUUCACUCCUCCAAAGCAGGUUGAUCAGUGUGCCCACGAAACACACCCUGCCAAACUCCAAGGUGCUCUGGACUCUCUCCUGAACCACUGCCUGAACGUUGUAGCACUGUUUUGCAACCCUUAGAUUGUCCCCUCGGCUAAGAGGUGCAACGUGCUGCAAGAAUGAGUUUGCAUUGGGACCCAAUUCCACAAGGAUUCCUUUUACAUUUAACCCGCGUGUGUGUGUUUUAAUGUUGCAUCUUGUGGUAAAGGGCAGCUAACGACAGAGAAGAUAGAAGUGUGGAGAAAAAGAAAUCAUCAAGGAUACCAGUUUAUUAAGCGUUUAAUUUGGCCAACACAAGUUCCCGUCUAAUCAUGAGCUAGCUGAUGCAAUAAUGAUGUAGAAGAUCAAUUUCCAUUUCUUCUUUUUGCUUUACAUGACGUGAAAAUCACAUCACAUAAUGCGCGAACAAGCACUUGCCGCCACCGAGUUCAUGUGACUGCAAAGCUCUGCAGCCACCCCAUCGCUAAAGUGUGUCCUGCUCACUACUUCACUCACUAAGACGUGGAGGAACCACGCUUCCUUCUAGCAGUGAUGGUUUUAAAUGUCUCUGUCCAGAAAUACGGAACUGUUCAAAGGUGUUCCAGUUUGUCAUCUACUACACGCAGCACCUUAUCUCUUCUGUGUAGCUGACGAAAACAGGAAGCGUUACAGGAAACUGUUGCCACCAAGUAUCACUGUUUUUGUAAAAAAGAAAAUGUCACCGCGAAGAAGUUUCAGCUGUUCCCCACCUUUUCCUAAAACAUCUCCACACGAUGUUUUCUUCACGGAUGCAAUUGAAAAAAAAAAUGUGCAGCUGAUUUACUCUAUUUAAUGCCCUGUGAGCAGCUGCGUGGUGCAAUGAUUGUUGUAAACAACAUACUGUGUUGCCGCCGCCACUUUCUCCCUGUUUGGCCGAGCAGCUGGGUAUCAUUGCAGUGUUGCCAUUUUGUUUGGCAAAGCUGGUUAGAUGCACGAAACAGAGCUGUUUCACCUCAACAGUCACUUGGCGAGAUGCCAGGUAAUAUUUUGUCGCAUUUAUCUGCGCACAAAAGACACAACGCUAGCCAAAUUUUACAAAUGUUGAUGAGGAAAAGAUAAAUUCGAGAGGAAAGCCUCUCUGAUAAGGCCUCGGGCUGUCCUAAACAGUCUUCCCGAGUGAUCUGGCAAUGGCUUUGUUACAGACUUUCUUUCAACCCAGCACAUAUUUAUUCCUCACACAAUUGUAGAGAGAAGUGAGCGCGGAUGCUCUUAAUUGCUACAUUGUGCGCAUGUUCGCAAGAAAGUCUCAACGCGUUCUCAAUAAAUGGCGCCCUGCUUAACCCUGUUAACGCAAGUUACAUUACUCUAUAUACGCCGCUCUCUUCGAGUGGCAGUACCCCCAAGAAAUACGUCCCACCAACAAAGUAGAUCCAAUAACCGAGGUUGUAGUACCAACAAAAAUGGCUUAGCACACCCAAACAUUCAAAGUACUCUGUAGAAAUACCACAGUUGUUACCGUCUCCAGACCAUUUGCAGCGCGCAAUGCCUCGCGUGUUUGUGUUGCUAAGAACAGUGCUCAAAUGAGCGCCGGCCGUUUCGACCCUGGGGCGCAACGUUCGUCUCACAAGGGCCGCAGACGUUGCAGCUAGCUGUGCUUGCGACUCGCACACCGCCUUUUUGCUCACUGCCGCUUAUAACCCAUAGUUUCGAGUUAUCCGUAACGAAAUUCGUAGCUAUUUUUAAUAACCUUCUAAGCGUACGUAUCGAGUAGGAUGUAGUGCAGUUAGGACGCAGGCUUUCUACACUACUGCAUGCAGUGUUUCAAGAUGUCAGCUUAACCAGUCCUGCAUUAAUUUUCAAAUCGCCAAGUGUAGCAUGUACUACCGCAGAGGCCAGUAGUCACUGGCUAAAGUGAAACUGCGGGGAAAUUAGUGUGUUUUACUGUGAAACUUAUUCCAAUGUGUACAAGUGUGUUCAGAGGCAAGUGAUUUGCUUGCAGCAUUCUACACCGUCAAACGAUACAGACUCCUCAAGGUCAAUUGAUGAUGUUGCACAACUUUUAAGAAGAAUUUAAAACAUUUUCAUCUCCCUUUCCUCCUAAGUAGGGUACAUGAAAUUUUUGUCAAGGUUUUUGUGCAACGUCUCUUGGAAGCGUGGCGCCUUUAGCCUUUCUUAAACGCACAUCUCGCCCAAUUAAGUGGGACAUUCUCAAAGCGUGGGUGUGACAGUCCUCGCCAUAACUUAGUCCUCCAUUACAUCAUGUAGCCUGGUAUGUAAUAGAUGAUGUGAUUGGCAAACAGAAACCGAAGGCAGACCCAAAAGUCAAUAUUUACUAAAGACAUUCACACUACCAUCCUCCUCAAUGCAAUAAGAAGCUAAGGUAUGAAGUGAUGAAAUCUUUAGAAAGGACAUAGUGGCUAUUGUUACUUGGAUGCAUUUCAGGCUGCAAAAUAGCGUCAAAUUUUACAGGUGUGCAAAAAAAAGGUAAAGCAAAAAUGUGUAGUGUCUAUGCACACAUGACACGCUUAUGGCCAUGGAUGCCGUGGAACAGUUUUUAAUUGUCCUCAACAGCCUGGGGUAUUCAUACCUUCUUUUGAGUAAUGCAUGCUGGUGUAUGUUACUAUCAAGUAGCAAAAAUGGAGGGAAAACAAACUUAGACACUGUUUUCAAAUGACUAACUACUUGCCCUGGACUGCAAAACACCAAUUCACCUUGAGGUCGUGCACAUGGGCAGCUGUGUUGUGAAACGUUCAAACAGGCCAGAGACAAGUAGACCACCACAAAAUGACCAUUUUGUGUUUGUUUGUUUGCUUGUUCUUCUACUUGAGUGCCCGCGCAAGUUCACUGUACAUUUACGCCUUUUACAUUUGCUCUCUGAAUUUGUGGAGGGGUUUUAACGUGUACGACAACGGAGUGCGCACAAAGGUUGUGACCGUCCCUUAGCGAGCAAGCGCAGUUCUGCCUUGCUCAUUAGCCAAAAAUGCGAGCUUUGGUUUACCCGUAACAAGGGGCACAGCGUAUUCUCUUAAUAACUCGUUCUAGGAGAGGAGCCCCGAAACUUUGGUGCCCUUUGUAGUCACUUGCCGACUGUGCCAAGUCGCAGCUGGCGCUGUUCGGCCGUCGUGAAAAUUAAAGCCAUCACGGGCUGGUUUUCCUUCUGGAACAGUCUUGGGUGCUCAGAGACAGAUCGGUGAAAAAAAAUUAAAUAGCCCUCUCAAGCACGGUAUCUCCAUACAGAAACAAAGCUUGUUUUUUGAUGUUCCGACUAGUGGUGACAAGACAAAAAUAGCUUAAAUGUAGUUCUGAAUGUAAACGUAAUCCUCUGUUAACUGUAAACAAUAUCGUAAGCCACUUUAGUAUGGAGAAUAAUGCAAAACAAGGUAAUUUUAAGAGGUGCACUGCUGGGUUGGAUGAGAAGUUCAGCGUGUUGCUCAGCAUUAUUUUAUCAAUUUAUUUAUUUAUUUAUUUAUUUGUUUGUUUGUUACAUAGUGCAAACUCGAGGUCCAAGCAUGCGUCGGAAGAUCUUGCAUCAGAGGGCCCUCUGCUGGGUAGUAACCAGCGCAUCUACUUGUGACAAAUAUUUUAGUCCUUUUCGUGAUGUACAAGAGGUCAACAUCUGUAGAUCAGUUUAUUUUUUUUAAUUGUAGUGGCUUGUCUGAUGCGACUUUAAAUAUUCAUGCUACAGGUAAGAAAUUUUUUUUUUUUUAACAAACACUCGGUCAUAAUUCGCGACUUCAGGGGUUAGCAGUAGCGCUGCUGUGAUGAACGUGGGCAUGAUGAGUGCUUCACAUGCCGGACCGAGCCCCUGACAACAUGACAUCUAAAACCAUGAUGUUCUUAUUGUAAAAGGACCAGCAGCUAAAACCCUAGAAGUGAGAUAACUGCAAUGGCGAUGUGGGCUGUUUCGGGGCCCCCCUCCUUUUUUACCAAACAAUUCCUUGUUGACCGCCAAGCCCGAUGUCCAGUCUGUGAAACGUAACAACCAAAGGUUCUUGGUGGACAACUGUGGCUCUGCCCACACCUGUUCGGCUGUCCGCGUGUUUCAACUAUGCACUGUUGACUGUUUUCCCGAGUAGGACGCCCGCUGUAACGAAAAGGCCAAGGCAGAACCGUUCCAACAGAAUGCAAUAAUAAAAGCCCUGUACAGCCUGCAAG